CCUGGGUGCCCGCCUAUGGGGCCCCUCGCGGGGCCAUCCGAUUAGUCACUAUACAAUUUGGCCGACGUACAGUCCACCCUGAACGGAGAAAUACUCAGCCUAGACAAGAGCUUGCCGAUUCGCCAGUCAUUGCUCAGACCGGCACAGACAUAAACAGAAUGGCGAGCGCGGGGAAACAGGCCCAGACGGGUAAGGAGUCGGAUGCGACGCCUAGCAACCCCCGUGGUAUCCCGUACGCCCCCUUUGUCGACAAGGUCGAGGACUAUGUUGCCACGCGCGAGGAUGUCGAGCCCACCCUGAAGAGCUUCCAAGAGAUGAUCUCGAAAUACCAGUUUAUGGAGGUCAACCUACAACGGAGAAUGGCUGGUCUGCGCGACAAGAUUCCCGAUAUCCGGAAAACGCUCGAGACAGUCCAGUUCUUGAAACUCAGAAAGGAUGCGACAGAUCCGAUCGAAACCACCUUUGAGCUCAACGACACCCUGUAUUCGCGGGCGAAUAUUCCACCGACCGACGAGGUGAACAUCUGGCUGGGCGCCAAUGUGAUGCUUUCGUACCCGAUUGACGAGGCUGAAGCCUUGCUGAGCACCAAACUUGCCACGGCAAAGACAAGCUUGUCCAACUGCGAGGAAGACUUGGACUUUUUGAGGGAGCAGAUCACGACCAUGGAAGUGGCCAUCGCUCGCGUGUACAAUUGGGAGGUUGUCCAGAAGCGCAAGGAGAAGGGCGAGGAAGUUGCCGACAAGUCAAAAACGAAGGAAAUUGGUGCGUCGCCGAAUGACUGAGAGGUGACAGGGUCAACCUGUGUCGCCGUUUGGCACCAAAGGUCGAUAACCAAGGGGUUCUGGACCUUUUGAUGCAAUAGCUCUAGAGUCCAGAGACCUCAAAAGAGUUCAAAUUGAACGGCUGAUGUCGAAUUGGACAUUGACAAUACCUACUACUCAAGCUUGA